GCGUUCGAAUUUUGACGUUUUAUUUCUUUUUUUUUUAAACGGCCAAUUUAAAUUUCAUGACAGUUAAAAAGGUUGUGUUGUGAUAUUGCCGUUUUGCGUUCAACCGUCACAGUGGAUCCGUUCGUAAAAAGAAAAAUGAAAAUUUUCAAAAAGAAGCUUCGUUUUUCGAUAGCGUCUAGCUACCUAUAAAUUUUGCUGCAUGCAGUGAAAUAUAACGGUAAAUUGUAAAAAACAUUUCACAUAUCAACAGCGACAUUUCAAGGAUUUUUAUAAAAGGAAUUAAUCAACAUGUGUCAUAUAUUGGGGAAAAGCGUUCUGUUCUUGGCGUUAGCUGUUAGCGUAUAUGCAAAAGGAGUAGUUGUUCAAUCACCUAUAGAAACCACAACAGAUUUUGUAUUAGAAACAACGUUAAAUGACCAAAUCGUUGAAGAAAACGCUAGAAAUACAGACACAAAACAGAACAAUACUAAGCAAGUAACUACAGAAGAAUCGCCAGACAUAAAAGUUCUUGACGAUAAUACGCCUAAGGUUCUAGAAAGUGCAUCGAAAGUUCUAUUUCCAAUUGUAUCUAACGAUUCUUUUAAUGACCUCAAAUAUCAAGUGAAGAGAAGGAAUACAACAACAGUUGCAGCACCGAAAGUACAAUACAAUGAACCAAAGAAACCUACAGCAACUGCCAGGCAUAUGGUGAAAAAGAACGAAUUCAGAGCUCACGUGCAAUACGAUGAAGUAACUGGUGAAUUGAUUAGCGGUGAACAUCCCUGUUUAAGAGAAUGCAAAGAAGGCGAGGAGCCAAUGAUAUGCUAUUACCAUUUCAACUUAGAAUGGUAUCAGACUAUGAGCAAAGCUUGCUAUGAUUGUCCGUAUAAUGAAACGGAUUGUGACAGAAUUGAUUGUAUUCCAGCGGACGGUAUGAGCAGGCCGCUUACUGUGGUUAAUAGGAAAAUGCCUGGACCAGCUAUAGAGGUUUGUCAGCACGAUCGUAUAAUAGUGGACGUUGAGAAUGAUCUAAUGACUGAAGGCACCACGGUACACUGGCACGGCCAGCAUCAACGAGGCACGCCGUACAUGGAUGGAACACCUUAUAUCACACAAUGCCCGAUCUUGCCGGAAACUACUUUUAGGUACCAAUUCAACGCAUCAGAGGCGGGCACGCAUUUCUGGCAUUCGCACUCGGGCAUGCAGCGCGCGGACGGCGCGGCCGGCGCGUUCGUCAUCCGCAAGCCGAAGUCGCAGGACCCGCAUAGGGACAUGUACGAUUACGAUAGAUCAGACCAUGUGAUGCUAAUAACGGAUUGGAUACACGAGCUAUCGGUGGGCAUGUUCACUGAUCACCACCACUCGCUCGGUGACAACAAACCCCCCACGUUGCUGAUCAACGGUGUCGGCAGAUUCAGAUACUUCAACGACACCAAUAAAUCGGUGAAGCCAAUGUACAUGAAGACAGCUAGGUUUAAUGUGGAACAGGGCUACAAGUAUCGGUUUCGUGUGAUCAACGCGGAGUUCCUGAAUUGUCCCAUUGAGAUGUCGGUGGACGGCCACAACAUCACCAUACUUGCGUCUGAUGGUUAUGAUCUAGAACCUAUUACUGCUACAUCCCUGGUGACUUACGCGGGUGAGCGCUUUGACUUUGUGGUCGAGGCGAACAAUGAAAUAGAUAAUUACUGGAUUCGAUUCCGCGGCCUGAUGGACUGUGAUGAGAGGUUCACAAAAGCGAAACAAGUGGCUGUAUUGCAUUACGAAGGCGCAAUGGAAGUUGAACCGGCCGGCGAUCCCACUUGGGAAGAACUGCAUAAUGAAGGACUUCAAUUAAACGCUUUAAACAAAGGCGAAGAAGACGAGGAAACAAUAAGCGUAGCCGAAAUGAAGUCGCUGCAAGGAUAUGACGAGAGUUUGAAAGAGGUGGCCGAUUAUCAGUUCUACGUCGCGUACGAUUUCUAUCCGAAGAACAAUUCGCAUUUCCACAAAUCACCGUACUAUGGGUAUUAUCAAGUUCCCGAACCGAACAACCGCUUAUACACGCCUCAGCUGAACCACAUCAGCAUGAAAAUGCCUUCCAGCCCACUGCUCGUGUCGAGACCAUCAUCAGAUAACUUCUGCAACUCCUCCAGUAUCGCAGAAUCCUGCAAAGAAGGCUUCUGUGAGUGUUCCCACGUGCUCUCAGUAAAACGUAACGCAGUCGUAGAAGUAAUUAUCGUAGACGAAGGAGUUACUUUCGAUGCAAAUCACCCUUUCCACUUGCACGGCCAUUAUUUUAGAGUAGUCGGUAUGAGACGGCUGGCUAGCGAAAUAACAGUAGAUGAAAUUAAAGCGUAUGACGCGGCCGGUCUGAUGAAACGUAAUCUUAAAAAUGCUCCAUUAAAGGAUACGGUGACGGUACCGGACGGUGGUUAUACGAUAAUAAGGUUCAAAGCUGAUAAUCCCGGUUAUUGGUUGUUCCAUUGUCACAUAGAAUUUCACGUAGAAGUCGGUAUGGCUCUAGUGUUUAAGGUCGGUGAUGAGAAAGAUUUCGUACCAGUGCCGAGAGAUUUUCCCACUUGCGGCAGCUACAUGCCGGAUAAUAUGCUAGAACAUGAAACGACACCUAAACCUAGUGACAGUGAUAAUCAAUAUAUAUCUAUAACGCAUUGGUGGCCGGUGGUCUAUCUUAAUAAUACGACGUCAGCUGCGGCUCAAAUCACAUCGCCGGCUUUCGUUGUCUUAUACGUUUGGCUAAUUAGAAUUCUCAUAACGUAAUAGUUACAGUUGGUUCGUUUGUAAGGUUCGAACAAAUGUUAAUUGUGUGUCGUUUUCACCUGUUAUUCGGAGAGGACGUUUUUUGUACUUAUCGAUAAUGUGCUAUGUUUAAUUUAUUUAAAAUAACUUUUAUACCGCGACCAGUUUUAUUUAUUGGACAGUACUUAGGUUCGUGUUUGUGUAUUUAUUCCGUUUUUGGUGAUUCAAUAUUGAAUAUCGAAAUAUUAUCGUACGUUGUGUCGAUGUCAGCUUCUGUAAAUAUUUCUCCGUCUGUGAUCUAUCCGCGUGCCUUGCCAAAAUAUGGGACAUUUUGAAAAAAUGUUCUUCUUGUAACGAUUAUGGAUGUCGCUGAUGAUAUGUGAUAUUAUUUAGUUUUAAGAUAGUUUUAAGGUUGUCUUGUAUUAAAGAUGUAUUAAUAAAGUUCCAAAUAUGAUUAACUGUGAAAUUAAAUACGUUUGUAGCAUGGA